ACAGCCCAUCCAGGAUAAGUUAGCCUUCUAUUUCUCGCACAGGUAGAAAGACUAUCAGAACGCAGCCAUGAGUCUUAGCGCGAAGGAUAUGGCCGUUGUGAAGGGCUUCUGGAACAAAAUAGCCCCGAAGGCUGAUGAAAUCGGCGGUGAAGCGCUGGGCAGAAUGCUGAGGGUCUUCCCCCAGACCAAAGCCUACUUCGCCCACUGGAAGGACACUUCCCCCACCUCUCCCGAGGUCAGGAAGCACGGUGCCCUCAUCUUGGCAACCAUCGGCGACGUCGUUAAUAGGAUUGAAAAUAUGACCAGUGCUUUGGGCAGCCUCAGCGAUCUGCACGCCUUCAAACUGCGCGUGGACCCUGCCAACUUCAAGAUCCUGGGCCACAACAUCAUGGUGGUCAUUUGCAUGACCUUCCCCAAUGAUUUCACACCCGAGGUGCACCUGUCCGUUGACAAAUUCUUCCAGAACUUCACUCUUGCUCUUUCCGAGAGAUACCGCUAAAAGCACGUUUCGGGCGUGUUCACAGCUCUGGAUGUCGUAUUUCCUGAACAAAAGAACCAGUCAAUUAAUAAAAAUGGCUCAAUAUUA